AUGAAUCGAUUAGAAGUGUAUGUUGGUAAUUUGAGUUUAAGUACUGACAAAGAUAAAUUAAAAGAAGCAUUUGUAUCAGUUGGAGAAAUAAAGAAUUCUCGUGUUGCAACUCAUAAAGAUGGGGCUUCAAAAGGUUUUGGAUUUGUCACUUUUAAUGAUGAAGAAACUGCUGAAAAAGCAGUAAAUGAAAUGAAUGGCAAAGAAAUAGAUGGAUCAAUUGUUGUAGUCCAAAUAUCACGUCCACAAGAUAGAAAACGAAGAGACCAUUAUCGUAGCAGUUACAGACAUUCAUAUCAUGGAAGAAGUUAUGAUAGGUCAAGAAGUCAUUCUUCUAGAAGAAGGUCAAGAAGUAGGUCUAGUAGAAGAAGAUAUCGAUCAAGAAGUAAUAGAAGACAUAAUAGGUCAAGAAGUAGAUCUAGUAGAAGAAGGUAUAGUAGGUCAAGAAGUGUAUCACCUUAUUCAAAGUCAAGAAGAGACAAAAGUUCUAGAAGUCGCUCAGGUAGUAGCUCACCAAAAAGGAGUGAACGAAAAAGUUUUAGGGUAAAUGACUCUUCCCUUCCAUCAAAAAAUGAAAUUCCAAAAGGGUCUGAUGAUAAAUAA